AUGUCAAACCGUCUAAACUCAUUGGGUGGCGGUAGUGCUAAACCUGGUUUGAAGUUUAAACCGAAAGCCGUGGUUAGAAAGACUAAAGAAGAAAGGGAAGCAUCAGUUCCAAAGUUAAAUGUCCAAGAAAAGCCCUCUCAUGAAAGAAAGAAGUAUACCAAGAAGCCAAAUAAUAAUCAGCAGCGGAGAAUACCUCGGUACUUAGAAAAUACAAAAGUCAUUACAUCUGGUCCUCUGGCUGCAGGAAACUUCUCCAAUGGGGGAGAUUCAAGUAGGGGGUUUGUUAAAAUGGAGGGAUCACAGUCGAAAUUUUUGCAGCAGGGUUUGCUCGCUGCCGCCGAGGGGGAUAAUAAUGCUCUUUCUGAUGGCGAGGACUCUAAGGAAAAUAGUAAUCGUAUUAAUAUGGGCCGUGAGUACACGGUGGAGGAUUUCAUGAAGAUAGACGACGAUAUCGAUGUGCUGGAGGAUCUGAAUAUGGAUGCUGAACAGGAAAAUGCAAAGAGAUUUGCGGACUUCCUGCCUUUGAGGGCGGUGCGUGUGAAGCAUGAAGAGAUCGAAGUUCUUGAUACCGCGGUAAAAGAGGCUCUUUCUGAUAUACCUACGAGGAAUGACACUCCAGAAACCGAUCUUUUGAAAGAGGAAAACACUGCAGAUACUUUAAAUAAGGUGCUACAGAACAGGGAAGAGGAAUUGCAUCAGAAGUUGGGUAAGCUAAACGUUGGGCAGUACUCCUCACCAGAAAUGAUUGCUGAAAACUUGAAGCUGGUCGCCGACCACAAGCAUAUUCUCACCAAGCUACAUUCAAUAAACAAUUUGCCAGGAAAGUUUAUGUUUUUUCAACUACCAGCUAGUUUACCUGAGUUUGAGAACAAGAAGCCUACAGUGGAUCCCCCUGUAGCAGACGCUGCAGAAAUAAUACCUGCUGAGGAUGAGGAGGAGAAGCAACAAAGUAAUAUCAAGAAAGAAAAAGAGGACGUCAAGUUGGAAAAGAAAGAAGAGCCUCCAGUUGAGAAGCCUUUAUCAGGUCGUAUUGGCACUAUUAGGAGACACAAGUCUGGAAAGCUAUCGAUGCAACUUGGAAACGCUGUAAUGGAUAUAACCAGAGGCUCUGAGUUUACCUUCUUACAGGACGUCGUUGCUUUAGACGUUGAAGGGAAAGAACUCGAGCUUCUAGGACAGGUAAAUGGCAGAGCAGUCGUUAUUCCUAGGUUCUGA